AUGCCGUCCGCACGUGCUGAACGUGUCCCAGGCCGGGCCGUCCGAUCCCCACCCUCCCUCCCUCGCCCCAGGCGUGCUAAACAUAAACGCCAACACGCGGCCGCACACGAGCGAAACCCUAGCGCAUCCCAAACCCCACACACGACCCGGCCGGACCGCUGCCGGAGGAACCCACCGGCGCCACCUCCGGCCAGCAGUUACUCAGAUCCGGCCUCCCUCUCGCCGGCCGCCCGGAUCGCCGGAGGAGACCGGAGCGCCGCCUCGAAUCGCCGCCGGAGGCCAGACGCACCUAGAAAUGGAAAAGGCGUGGGAGCAAGAGUUGGGCUUGUAGCACCGGAGAAAAGAGGUCACGCGAGGGGUAUGGCUCAGGAAAUGGAGAAGCUUGGAGGGACCAGCGAGGAGGAGGACGAUGAGGAGAUGGAAAUGGAGGUGAAGGAGGAGGAGGACGAGGAGGAGGAGGAGGAGGAGAGGGGGAGCGGCAGCCGCGAAGCGGCGGUGAUGGGGAUGGUGGCGCAGCCGGCGGGGGAGGACAUGGGAGGCCGGUACUUCCAGCAACCAGGGAGGAUCGAUGGCGGAGGGGGGAGGGGCUGA